UACUUCAACAGGAUUAUUCCAUGUUUGUAUCAAUCUGAAGCAUAAAGUAUAUUUAAAAAAAAACUGAUAUAAGAUUUACCUAAAAUUGUAUACAUGUUACAGAUUCAGGGCCAGAUUUAUCAUCAAGCUGGUUCGUUAUUGCCAUACCCCGACGCUGAUCAUCAAUUUUUGCAAAUUUAUUUUAUUGGUGAUGAAAAUCGUGAAUUGGAUCAACGUUGUGCAAUUGUUUCGAAUACAAGACGAGAAAUUAUUCGUGAGCUACAAAGGUUUUUCCAUCAGCAUAACGCAUUAGUUCAAUUGUUUAAAAUUGCUCUCGAUCGUAUGCCAACUGAUAAUCACAAAAUCGUAAUAAGAGCUGAUAGAACACCUUUUGGAGAGCAUGCAAGGCGAUUUAAUGCACCAACAAUUGAUGAGGUUGCAAUUGUAAUUCUUGGUGAUCAGUUUCAAUCCCGUGAUAUUGUACUUCAUCGUAGAAAUGAGCAAUUGCAACGUGUUUCGGAACUUCAUCGUAGUUACGAUGCAUUACAGUACCCAAUAUUGCAUUGGAAAGGUGACGAUGGUUACCAUAUCAAUAUACCAAUGAUUGAUCCACGAACAGGUCUACAUAUACAGAAAAAAGUUAGUGCCAUGAAUUUUUAUUCGUAUCGAUUGAUGAUUCGUCCACAAGAACAAAAUUAUAUCUUAAAAUGUGGUAAACUAUAUCAUCAGUACAUCGUUGAUAUGUAUGCCAAAAUAGAGACUGAACGUCUUAAUUUUAUUCGUUUCAACCAAGCAAAAUUAAGAUCCGAAGAAUAUAUUCAUUUGCAAGAUGCGAUAGCGAAUGAUGCUAAUGUUAAUGACAUCGGACGUUUAACUAUAUUGCCAUCUUCGUAUAUUGGUAGCCCACGGCAUAUGAACGAAUAUGCACAAGACGCAAUGUCUUAUGUACGAAAAUACGGUCGACCGGAUCUGUUCAUUACAUUUACAUGUAAUCCGCAGUGGGAUGACAUCAAGAACAAUUUAUUUGAAGGCCAGUCGACAACUGAUCGUCAUGACAUUACAGCACGUGUUUUUCGGCGAAAAUUGAAAGCACUUAUGGAUUUAAUUGUGAAAUUACGUGUAUUUGGAGAGGUGCGUUGCCAUAUGUACUCCAUCGAAUGGCAAAAAAGGGGAUUGCCGCACGCACAUAUAUUAAUUUGGCUGGUAAAUAAAAUAACUCCGGAUCAAAUCGAUAACGUUAUAUCAGGUGAAAUUCCUGAUCAAACUGUUGAUCCUGAGUUAUUUGAUGUUGUCGUUAAAAACAUGAUACAUGGUCCGUGCGGUGAACUAAAUAUGAAUUCGCCAUGUAUGAUUGAUGGAAAGUGUUCGAAACGAUACCCAAGACAAUUGACUUCAGACACAAUAACGGGCAAUGACGGAUAUCCGUUGUAUAGACGUAGAUCACCUAAUGAUAAUGGCAAAACGGCAACCAUUAGAAUGCGUAACCAGGACGUUGAAGUUGAUAAUCGUUGGGUGGUUCCGUAUUGUCCAUUAUUAUCGAAAAAAUUCAAGGCUCAUAUAAAUGUGGAGUAUUGUAAUUCAGUCAAAUCCAUUAAAUAUAUUUGCAAGUAUGUAAAUAAAGGGAGCGAUAUGGCUGUUUUCGGUGUAGCUGGUGAUAAUAGAAAUGAUGAAAUUACUCAGUAUCAACUGGGGCGCUAUAUUAGUAGUAAUGAAGCUGUCUGGAGGAUUCUGUCGUUUCCAAUGCACGAAAGACAUCCUGUGGUUGUUCACUUAGCUGUGCAUCUUGAGAAUGGCCAACGUAUUUAUUUUAAUGAAGCAAAUGCAUUGGAAAGAGCAGCACACCCACCAGCGACUACGUUGACAGCUUUUUUCAAAUUAUGCGAAACUGAUACAUUUGCUAGAAAUUUGUUAUAUUCCGAAGUGCCUCAGUACUAUACAUGGAAUGUGUCUUCAAAAAAAUUUCAAAGACGUAAACAAGGAACAGCAGUCGAUGGGCAUUCAGGCAUUUUCAAAACAGAUGCAAUUGGGAGAAUGUAUACAGUACAUCCAAACAAUGCUGAGUGUUUUUAUUUGCGAUUGCUAUUAGUUAACGUCAAUGGCCCAAAAUCAUUUCAAGAAUUAAGAACAGUCGACGGUCAUUUGUGUCAAACAUAUCGUGAAGCAUGUCAACUCUUGCAUUUGUUGGAGGAUGAUGCACAUUGGGAUUCAACACUUAAUGAUGCAUCUACGUCAGCUCAUCCACAACAAAUACGAAUGCUAUUUGCCAUUAUAUUAUCGACAUGUAUGCCAUCAAAUCCACUUGAAUUAUGGAACAAAUAUAAAAAUUAUAUGGCAGAAGAUAUUUUAAUUCGUAUGCGUCAUCAUGCAAGAAAUCCUGAUUUGUUGAUUACCUUGGAAAUGUGCAACGAAGCUUUGAUAAUAAUUGAAGAUAUAUGUCUAACGAUUGCAAAUAAAGCAUUAGUACAAUUGGGUAUGACCGCACCAAAUCGUCCCAUGCAUGAUUUGUUUGAUCGUGAAUUGCAACGUGAGCAGGAAUUCAACUGUAAUGAUUUGCGUUUAUUUGUACAAUCGAAUAUAACCAAAUUAAAUAUUCAGCAAAAACAUGUAUAUGAUACAAUCAUGCAAGCCGUUUCCAAUAAUGCAGGUGGAUUAUAUUUUUUGGAUGCACCUGGUGGCACAGGUAAAACGUUCGUUAUAUCAUUGAUUUUAGCGACUAUUCGAUCAGAUCAGAAAAUUGCACUAGCACUUGCAUCUUCGGGAAUUGCUGCUACAUUAUUAGAAGGUGGUCGGACCGCACACUCUGCAUUAAAAUUGCCAUUGAAUGUACAGGUGAUUGAAACUCCAACUUGCAAUAUAUCGAGAAAUUCUGCUAUGGCAAAAGUUCUGCGAUUAACGUCAAUUAUUUUAUGGGAUGAGUGUACAAUGGCGAAUAAAAAAUCACUAGAAGCAUUCAAUCGAACAAUGCAAGAUUUACGUGGUAAUCAACAGCUUUUUGGUGGUGCUUUGAUAUUACUUUCAGGGGAUUUUCGUCAAACAUUGCCUGUCAUUCCUCGAUCAACUCCUGCUGAUGAAAUAAAUGCCUGCUUGAAGUCAUCAGUUCUUUGGAGAUAUCUACAAAAAUUGACACUAAACAUUAAUAUGCGUGUUCACCUACAAAAUGAUCCAGCUGCCCAUGAGUUCUCAAAACAAUUGUUAGAAAUUGGUGACGGCAAAAUACAAAUCGACAGAACCAACGGAUUGAUCGCUGUACCGAACAAUUUUUGUACAAUUGCGCAAUCGAUAGAUGAAUUGAUUGAAUGUGUUUUUCCGAAUAUUGUUCAGAAUUACAGAAAUCAUGAUUGGUUGACAGAACGCGCCAUUUUAGCACCGAAAAACAUUCAUGUCAAUGCAAUUAAUUUUCAAAUUCAAGCGAAACUGCCAGGCGUAGUCACGAAAUAUAAAUCAAUUGACAGUGUUAUGAAUCAAGAUGAGGCAAUGAAUUAUCCAAUUGAAUUUUUAAAUUCAUUGGAGCCGGCUGGUAUGCCACCGCAUUGCUUGAAUCUGAAAGUUGGUUCUUCGAUUAUAUUAUUGCGAAAUAUUAAUCCACCAAAACUGUGUAACGGAACCAGAUUGGCAGUGAAAAAGUUAUUGCCAAAUUUGAUUGAAGCUACGAUCUUAACUGGUAAAUCAAAAGGAGAAGUUGUUUUGAUACCGCGUAUACCUAUGAUUCCAACUGAUAUGCCUUUUGAGUUCAAACGUUUACAAUAUCCUGUGCGUUUAUCAUUCGCGAUGUCCAUCAACAAGGCCCAAGGUCAAACACUUCACGUUUGUGGUGUGAAUUUGGAGGAACAUUGUUUUUCACAUGGCCAGUUAUAA